AUGAACGGCACAUAUAGCUCGAAAUGUGUCCUCGUCACAGGGGGUGCUGGGUUUCUGGGAUCCCAUUUGAUCGAUUUCCUCCUAGAGAAGGGACAUCGCGUUAUUGGAGUUGACAGCUUCGAGACCGGCUCUCCUAGAAAUCUCGAACACCUGAGGAAUAAUCCCCGGUUCACGUUGAUCAACCAUAAUAUUCAGAAUCCACUGCAUUCUAAAGACGUGGAAGAGGUCGAUCAGAUUUACAACCUCGCCUGUCCGGCCAGCCCGAUCCAGUAUCAGAAGGAUCAUCUCGGGACCCUCAAAACUUGUUUCCUCGGCACGGAGAACCUCUUGCAGCUGGCCAAAUGCAAACGCAUUAGAAUCUUGCAUACGAGUACAUCAGAGGUUUACGGGGAUCCCUUGGUGCAUCCGCAAGCCGAGACCUAUUGGGGUAACGUGAAUCCCCACGGGCCCCGGUCAUGCUACGACGAGGGCAAACGGGUGGCGGAAUCUCUCUGCUAUGCAUUCCGCGAACAGUUCGACGUCGAAGUCCGCAUCGCCCGGAUAUUCAACACAUAUGGACCCCGGAUGGGUGCAGGCGAUGGCCGCGUUGUGUCGAAUUUUGUUUCGUCCGCGCUCACUGGUCAAAGUAUCCGGGUCACGGGCGAUGGAUCCACGACAAGGUCGUUCCAGUUCGUAUCUGAUUGUGUCAACGGACUGCAUCUGUUGAUGAACAGCACGUAUAAUGCGGGUCCGGUCAAUAUUGGAAAUGAUACGGAGAGCAGCAUUCAGACAUUGGCCGAAACUGUCGUCAAACUUGUUGCGCAGAUGACACACAAACCGGAGGUGGCUAUCACAUUUCAUCCUAGCCCUGCAGAUGAUCCUCUAGUCCGAUGUCCUCGAAUUGAACUGGCCAAGGCCCAGCUCGGAUGGAUGCCGAUUGUCGAUUUGGAGACCGGGCUGCGCAAAACUAUAGAGUGGCAUAUGCAGGAGGCCGGCCUAUCUUAG